CUUCCGCGGGCGGGGACAGGCGGGGCCGCGCUCCCUCCCGUGCCCGCGGCGCUCCCGCCGGAAGCGGCGGCGCGGGGCGGAGCAAUCAUGGCGGCCAUGGCGGCGCAGCAGCGUGAGCUGGGGCGGCUCUCGGCACUCGCCGUGUACCGUCGGGUGGCGGGGGCCGGGCGGAUGGAGCGGCGCCGCCGCGGGGCUCCGCUGCCCGCGGGCCGCAAGCGGGCCAAGGCGCGCCUGAGGCGCGGCCGGGCGGGAGGCGGCGGCUCGGAGCCGGAGGCGCCGCCGCCCGCCGCGCCCCCGAGCCGCGUGGAGCUCCGCGUGGAGGCUCCCAUGGAGGGCCCCGUGGAGCUUCCCGUGGAGGCUCCCAUGGAGGGCCCCGUGGAGCUUCCCGUGGAGGCCCCCGCGGAUCCUCGGCCCGAGGCGACGGCCGCCGAGCCUGACGCGAAACCGCGGGGUAGGCCCGAGGCGACGGCCGCCGAGCCUGACGCGAAACCGCGGGGUAGCCGCAAGGCGAUGCCGGGCGGCCCGCGGCCGGCGCGGGAGAACGGCGGCGGUGUGUCGGGGCUGCUGCGGCGGCUGGCGCGGCUGGAGGACAGCCGGCAGCGGGCGGCCGAGCUCUUCCGCUGGAUGCUGGCGCCGGUGGCGCCGGCGGAGUUCCUGGGGCGGCACUGGGAGCGGGCGCCGCUGCUGGUGCGGCGGGGCGACCCCGGCUACUACGCGGGGCUCUUCUCCACGGCCGACUUCGACGCCGCGCUGCGAGGAGGAGAGGUUCACUUCGGCACCCACCUGGAUGUGACCAGCUAUGCCGAGGGAGUGCGGGAGACGCACAACCCCUCCGGCAGAGCCCUGCCCGCUGUCGUGUGGGACUUCUACCAGAACGGCUGCUCCCUGCGCCUCCUCUGCCCGCAGGCCUUCUCCGCCACCGUCUGGCACUUCCUCUCCAUCCUGCAGGAGCAGUUCGGCAGCAUGGCAGGGGCGAACACCUACCUCACGCCCCCGGGUACGCAGGGCUUUGCCCCUCACUAUGAUGACAUCGAGGCCUUCGUGCUGCAGCUGGAGGGGAAGAAGCACUGGCGUGUCUACAGGCCCCGAACAGAUACUGAGGUGCUGCCCCAGUUCUCCAGCCCAAACCUCACGCAGGCUGAACUCGGCGAGCCUGUGCUGGAGACUGUGCUGGAGGCCGGGGACCUGCUGUACUUCCCCCGUGGCUUUAUCCACCAGGGUGAUUGUCUCCCUGAUGCACAUUCACUCCACAUCACUGUGUCUUCCUACCAGAGGAAUUCCUGGGGGGACUUUCUGGGGAAGCUGCUCCCAGCUGCCCUGCAGAUGGCCUUGGAGGAAGACGUGGAGUACCGGCGGGGGCUUCCCAUGGACUACCUGCAGUAUAUGGGGGUUGCUAACUCCGACACAGCUGAUGCUCGGCGAACAGCCUUUGUGGAGAAGGUGCAAAGCCUUAUAAAGAAACUUGUUGACUAUGCACCCAUCGAUGCUGCUGUGGAUCAGAGAGCCAGGUCGUUUCUUCAUGACUGUCUCCCUCCAGUGCUCACUGAAAGUGAAAAGGCGCAGAGUGUCUAUGGCUUCCCGGCCCGGUGGCAAGACAGAGGCCCCUGCAAUGUUGAUAUCCUGAUAACAAAAGACACUGAAGUACGCCUGCUCCGUCAUGGCGUCGUUAGACUGUGUAAUGAAGAAGCAGGUGUGAUGCUGUACUACACUACAGAAAACUCAAGAGUGUAUCAUAAGGAAGAACCCAAGUUCCUUGAGCUAGAUCCUGAAUAUACAGACAGUAUCGAAUUUCUCUUGUCUUCCUAUCCAAAUCAUGUAAGUGUGGCUAACCUUCCAUGUGAAACCUUGGAGGAAAAGAUUUCUCUAGCUACACUUCUGUUUGAGAAAGGUAUUCUGACUACGAAGAAGCCUCUGGCAAAAGCCUAACUCUUAUUUUUUCAGAAAAUAAAAGUACACUUGUUUAGAAAA